CAACGCGACGAACAAGACGACAUCGAGGCGAUCAGCCCAAGGGGAAUGAAUAAUGAUGGAUUUGGCGGCAACACAACAACAAGAAUAAUCCGCCGCUGAAUCCUUCCGAUAUCGUCGUCCCCACCGAUCACCGGCCGUCUUCUCGGGCUCCGGCGGAAGACGGGAACAAAAUGGACGAGCUUUCCAAGGAGCAGAUCCAGGAGUUCCGGGAGGCCUUCAGGCUCUUCGACAAAGAUGGCGACGGGACGAUCACGACCAAGGAGCUGGGGACGGUGAUGCGGUCGCUGGGGCAGCACCCGACGGAGGAGGAGCUCAAGGACAUGGUGGAGGAGGUGGACGCCGACGGGAGCGGCUCCAUCGACUUCAACGAGUUCCUGGGGCUGGUGGCGCGGCAGAUGCGCGGGGACGCCGACGCCGAGGAGGAGCUCCACGAGGCCUUCCGCGUCUUCGACAAGGACAACAAUGGCUUCAUCUCCCUCGACGAGCUCCGCACCGUCAUGAAGAACCUCGGCGAGAAGCUCUCCGAGGACGAGCUCAACGAGAUGCUCCAAGAGGCCGACGCCGACGGCGACGGGCAGAUUAACUACAAGGAGUUCGCCAAGGUCAUGAUGGCAAAACGGCGAGCAAAUGCGGAGGAACAUGGAGGUGGCGAUCACGGCGGGUCAGAUCACGCACACAGCGGUGGCGGAGGCUGCCCAUGUACAAUUCUCUAAGAAAGAAAAUUCAGGGUUUUCUUUUUAUUUUAUAGUCUGAAUUACAGCCGGAAGAAGUGUAAACGAGUGAGUGAGAACAAGCAAAGCAGGAUACCCCGUGAUUCGUAAGAGGGAAAGAUUUUACUUAUAGAUGAAGAUUAA